ACACACACACACUUACAUCUCCCCAUAUUGUCUGUAAAGAUACACACCUAUUUUACUAUUUGUAUAACCCUGUGCAACAUGCACUUAAGCUGCAAUUUCACGGGCCAUUCCAGUGUCUCAACAGUGCACUACAGAGUCUUCUCAUUUCUUUCCACAUAAUUUGCUGACAGUGUGCUUUGGUGAUCAGGCCUACUCUAGUGACAUCAAAGAUCGAUAUCUUUUCAUAGACCACAGGUUCGUUCUCUAUAAACGGCAACUGUGUAUUAUCACCACCAAAACUGUUUUCUAGAUCGUUUAAAUGUCUCUGUGAUGUAAUCUUUUAUUUACUUUGUUUGAACUCAACUGUUCAGUUGUAAAUAACACACUGACAACUUUCUGACCUACUGUAUGUUAAUUAGUUUCUUCACACUUCCACCACCACCCAUUAAGCUGGUAAAACUCGAACUACAGAUGUCAGUUAAGAUCGUUCGCCUUACUGGAUGGGAGUGCACCUCAUGAGCCAGAAAUCCAAUCCCAAAACCUUCACAUAAUCAGUAGAAAUCUAACAAUUCCCGGACUGUGGCUGCAUUAUAUUUAUUACUUUUUAAUCUAGCACCAUGAUCAGGCGUUAAAACUAGAAAACAAUUUGGGUUGGGGAGGGGGGGAGGGAGAUCUCUCAUGAAUAAAUUAUAUGAAAUCCACACGAAAGUAGGAUUUGAAUGCUCUCGAUUGAUAGUACACUAUCUCUCUUUCUUCAUCUCAGAUUACAAAAGAUCUUGGGCUGUAAUGGUCGUGAGUACUGGCCGUAAGAUGAGGCGGAACCUGGUGGUCACUGUCGUCGUAGCGGUGAACGUCCUGUUCUUUUUCUCCAUGUCUUAUCAGGGGAUAGGCAUGUUCGCCCGACGAGCCCAACAGGCUAAGUACGCCCAACAGGACGAACAUCGUAUCGACGUAGAGUCGGGAAAGACUCGAGAAAGCACGCCUCUACCAACACAAACUGUCACAACCAUGUCGCCGGUCGUGAGACGAAAGAUUCAAAUUAUUAAGGAAGACUUGAACUUCUCGAGCCUCACUAGCGAUGCUUACUAUCCAGGAAAGAUGGUGGGGAAGUACAUUAUGUUGAAUCCAGAUCUAUGCAGAGACGCCGACAAGAUCGAUAUAAUUAUCAUCGUUCACACCGCACCCGCUAAUCUGGAAAAGCGGCAGAGAAUUAGGGACUCUUUUGCAAAAAAGGCGAAUUUCUUGCCGUUCCAGGUUCGGGUGGCGUUUCUCUUAGGAUUGACCAGUAACAAAACUCUGGAGAGAGUGCUUUGGUCUGAACAUACAAAAUACAAUGACACGGUCAUGGGGAACUUCAAGGACGACUACCACAAUCUCACUCUCAAGGGCGUCAUGGGGUUUCGAUGGAUCAGUGAACACUGCGCCAACUCAAGAUUCGUCCUUAAAAUCGACGACGACGUGUUGAUAAACAUGUACAAGUUGUUAUAUUCCUUUUUAAACCAUAUGAACGGUAAGCGUAAGUCGAUCUUUUGCAACUUGUGGCACAAAAACACGAUGCGUAUCAUGAGGUCGGGUAAGUGGCGUGUGGCUCCACACGUCUUCUCACACAAGCAAACGUUCCCUUACGACUACUGCAGCGGCUUCGUGGUCAUCAUGACGUCAGACCUGAUGAGACCGCUGUACGAGGCCGCACAGACCACGCCCUUCUUCUGGAUCGAUGACGUGUACCUUUUCGGCAUGCUCCCCAGCGUGGUCGGGGGUGUCACGUACUACAACUACGCCCUGAACAAAAAUAUGACGCUUAGAGCCAAAAUCGCCAGAAACUGCAUAAUGCACAAGGGGCCCCGCUGCCCGAUUUUCGCCACAUUUAUAUACAACAAUUCUUACUGGAGGUACUGGAAACGCAUCACGGAGGUCUAUAGGCCUACCUCCGAACCUUGGAACUUUGAGAAUAAAAUAGUCAUGUGAUCAGUGCACCUCCA